AUGGCCGAACCCCAACCCCCCACAAUCCACGAAGGCGCAACAGACGACAUCGAAACAACAACCUCCAAACCCGCCGCCUCAGCCGAAGACCGCAAAGCAGCCGCCGCCCUCUCCAACCUCGACUCCAACAACACCACCGACAACACCUCCACCCAAGUCGACCAAGCAGCCGCGACCAACGCCCUGAACUCUGUCUCGGCCGUCUCGGAGAAGAAGCUCCCCGUCGAGGCGUCGGCCAAGAGCAAAGUCAAGGUUGAUGCGGCCGACGUCUCGCUUUUGGUCGCCGAAUUCGAGGUCAGCAAGGCCAGGGCAACAGAAUUGCUCAGGCAGAACGACGGUGAUGCCGUCAAGACGAUUAGGGCGUUUUUGCAGCCCGCUUUUUAA